CAGACAUAUAAAAACAAAUGUGUGAGACAUUUUCUUCACCAAGAUAAUAAUACUCCACAAGUGUGAAAAUGCAGCUCUGUGAGGUUCAUGCAGUUAUACAUCUCUCCAGACAAGCACAGCUGCGGUUCCUAGUUUGGUAGUUAGGUUGUGUAUAGUACAUGUGUGCAGACAUGUCGUAGCCUACUCUGAGCACUUCAGUCAAUGUGUGUUUUUCACAUUUAACAAUCUUCUGUGAGAAACAGGACCCCUUCAAAGCUACAUGCUUCACCAGACUGAAUAGUAAGUAACAUUACAUAAUCAUUCUCAUGAUAAUGAGACACCUGCGCUGCGGACACACCUGUCUCCAGUGCCACGAGUCACCACAGUGCAGGAUAAAAGUAGGAUGGACGACAGUGAAGGGCGAGAGAGAUCCAGGCUUGGGUCGUUUUAGUUGGUGUUUCUUAUUGUUUAUUAUUAUUUUUUAUGUUAGUCGGCAGUCGACCGUCAGGGGUUGUCGCUCACUUUCGUUUUGUGGUUUAUCGUGGGAUUACAUUGAUGCUGCGUUAUUCUGAAACACGUACAGCAUUAAGGAAACAUUUCUGCUCAUUCAAUCAAACUGACGGAUAAGGGUGAUAUGUAGUGCAACUUUAUCAACUGAAAUUAUUUGUUUCAGUCAUUUUGAGUGAAACUUCCCCAAAACCGAGAGUGCCUCCUAUGAUCUAAAACGCAACAGAUUCGUUGAGGAAAAGGUGGAUAAAUGUGAGCGGACACAGUUGUGCAACAAGACGGGGCGGAAUAAGAAUCCGCGAAUGACUGUUCUGUCGUGACGGGUGUGAACGGCUCUAUUGUUCGGCUCAGGAACAAGAAACAUCCAGCAACGAAGCAGAUUCCUCCAAAGUGAGAUCAGGGUUUUACCGAAAUGAAGAACACCGUUUUAUUCUCGGUGAUCCUGGUAUUUUUGGACGGUGUGUUUGGUGAGGCAGCUGAAAGAAAGGAAGUGUCCGCUUUGGAGGGAGAUUCUGUUACUUUACACGCUAACGUUACUGAAAUACACAAGAUUGAUCUGAUGAUGUGGAUGUAUGGAUCUCAGGGGGCUAUUAUUGCUAAACUCAAUGGAAAAAGUCAACUGAUUUCACUUUAUGAUGUUGAUGACGGGAGAUUCGGAGACAGACUGCAGCUGGACAGUCAGACGGGAUCUCUGAGCAUCACUGACAUCAGGACCAAACUCUCUGGAGAUUAUCAGCUGAAGAUCAUCAGCAGCGAGACCUCGUACAGGACAUUCAGUCUGACCGUCCACGAUGUGUUUUUUGCUGGUAUAGACUGGAUCUCUGACCAUCACAAACAGCAGAAGCACAGAUACAGGAGUUUAUCAGCUGCAGAUCACCAACAGCAAAGAGACAGUCUACAAGAGAUACAGUGUUUAUCUGUUCCUGAACCAGGUCUAUCUUCAGGAGUUAUAGCCCUAAUCUGUACUUGUGUGCUGCUCGGUGCAGCUGCAGCGGUAAUCACUGGUGUGUGUUACUAUCGCUGCAAGUACUCAAGACUAAAGUAUGUCAAGACUCAAAUGUACUCAGAAGAUGAAAUGAAGACAAAAGAAGUUACAGAGGGAGAUUCUGCCACUCAGCACAUUGGUAUUGCCAAACCACAGCGAUAUGAUCAAAUACUCUGGAGGUUUGGACCUCAAGGCUCUCUCAUCACUCAGAUUCCUUUAAGGAACAAAGAGACCUUACCUGAAGAUGACGAGAGAUUAACCAUAGAUCUUCUCUAUGUGGACUCACUUCGAUUCUCAGAGGGAGAAGAUGUCACUCUAGACACCGGUGUUAGUGAACUACAGAGGGACGAUCAGAUUCUCUGGAGCUUUAAAUCUGAAGACACUAUUAUAGCUAAAAGAGAUGGAGACACCAAUCAGGUUUUAAAUGAUGCUGAUGGUGGGAGAUUCAGAGACAGACUGCAGAUGGAUGAUCAGACUGGAUCUCUCACCAUCACAAACACCAAAACCACAGACUCUGGAGUCUAUCACCUUCAAAUCAGCAGCAGAAAUAAAGUCUCAUAUCAGAAGUUUUCUGUGUGCUUGGACACAGUAAAAGUGAGAGCGGGAGGCUCCAUCACUCUGAACACUGAUGUUACUGAACCAGAGGAUGAUAAUGACACCGGCCUUGCUGAAAUCAGCCAAGUCAGCAGUAAGACCUCAGUGAAUCAUGAUGAAGAAAACAAAGUGUCAGUGAUGGAGGGAGAUCGUGCCAAACUAAACACUGAUGUUAGUGAACUACAGAGAGACGCUCUGAUACUCUGGAUGUUCGGCUCCAGAGACGGUCUUAUAGCUAAAGCUGAUAUGGAGAACAAUAGGAUAUCUAUAUAUGAUGGUGCUGAUGGCAGAUACAGGGACAGACUGGAGCUGGACCGUCAGACUGGAUCUCUGAGCAUCACAAACACCACAUGCACAGAGACCAAAUCCAAGCUAUUCAGAGUUACUGUUUCUGUUAACAGAGAGACAAACAGAGAAGAUGCUGGGGAUUCCUUUCUGAGAGAAAACUCAGAGAAGAUACCAUUAUUUCGGACGUACAGUGGCACAAGUGUUUGAUUGUUUAAAAUUA